CCGCCUGCCUCUCGGGCACUCUCGCGCCCGGCCGGGCGGCGGGCGCGCGCCCUUUUGCGCCUUUCUUGGCUUGUUGGGCGGCCCCCGGCCUGCUCCUGGCUUCAUUUGAUUGGGGGCGAGGCAAUGCGCUUGUCGACCGGACCGGCCCGGCCGCCCCCGCCCCCCCCCCGCCAUCUUUUCUUGUUUGGCUUGGCAGUCUCCCCGCUGCCCGUCGGGAGGCCUGCCCGCUUGGCGUCGGUGGAUCCGUAGCGCCCGCCGGCCGGCCCCAGGCGCCCGACGCAGCCCUUGGCGCGCAGCCCCUGAAGUCUGGUGGGCCCGUCGGUGCCCGUUCGUUGUUUUAGGUGGUUGCCUGGUAGGGUGGGUGGCCCGCCGGCGCCGCCAGGCGUCUGUUCCAUCCUUCCUUCAGGGCGAGCAACGAUCAUUGUGGUGGCCGCCUCGGCGUCACCCGUAUACAUUGGUGCCUAGGGAAAAUCAAACUGCGACCCCAUGUGGCCACCAGAAAGAUGGCGCGCCGCCCGUUGGAUCCGUGGGUGUGUAUGUUUG